GUGUGGGACUACAACCUGAACCUCCUGCAUGAAUUUAAAGCUCAUAAUUACGCCGUAACGGAUAUCCUAGUCGUUGGCCACAACAUUUUCACCGCUUGUGCAGAUUGCACCUUCAGCAUAUGGGACGCCAAUACCUUCGAGUUCAAGAGAGGCAUCGAGGGCCAUGAGGAGAGCAUUAGGAAGAUAAAGACGGACGGCAAGAAUGUAUUUGCCGGAGAUGAUAAGGGAGAGGUCCGCGUGUACAGCCUCGACGGCGACUUUGCGAAAAUGUAUUCCAUGGUGGAGGAGGUUUGGGGAUUGCACGCUGAGGGCAACAGGUUAUACACCAUCAGGGAUCGCGGUCUCACCAUCACGGAGACCAAAGGCGAAAGUAAUAAGUUCACUGUGAUAAACAGUACAAGUGAGGGUAGAGCUCCACUUUAUGUUACUUCGGACACUUUAGCAUACCUGGACAGAACUGGUAUGGUGGUGUUGAUCCAUGACAACACGCCUAGUUCUCACCAACUCAAAGGUCAACUCAAGGGUCACGACCGCAUCGUCACGGCCCUAAGCGGCGUCGGGAAUUUCAUGGUCUCAGGUGGUUGGGACAACAAGGUCAAGCUGUGGGAUGUGGCCAGCUUCAGGGAGCUCGGAUCUUCCGAUAUCCCCGGCUGCGUCAACGGCUUGGCUGUGACCGAGGACAGGCUAGUAUUCGCCGGAGGGGCUGGGGGCUAUGUCUGCAAACUCAAGAUUUCAUGAAGAGUAUGCGUACUUCAAGUAGUAUUUUCUCCCAAAGAUGACAAAAAAGUAUUUGUAAUUUCUGUUUAGUAAUAUUUUAUCGUUAAAUUCUUAGUUAAGUGGCCUAUCUUAAAAAAAAAAUCUUAUAAAAGAUUUAAUUGUAA